CGAGUUUGUGCCGCUUGUUUUGCGAGUGCUGUGCUCACAUGCAUGCGCUUGUGACGUGACACGGUUCUGCAUCGCACACCUGUGCAUUUUCCGCGGCGGCAGCGCUCGCAAAAAUAGGGUGCAAGAGGACAUCUCCUGACACUCAGCUGCAGUGUGCAGUGCUGCCGGCGCAAAUGAAGCUACUGCUGCUCACGACCUGCGCCACAGCGCUCCACCCCUUCCAGCCGCGCGGCCCGCCGACGAGGAAACGGCCGCACUUCGACGGGUGGUGUAUCAGAGCUAGUGAAAACGAGGCGUCGGCCUCGGUCAUCGUGGGCUGCUUCUCGCGGGGCAGGCGGAGGUACGACAAGCAUCUGGUGAUCGUCGCCCAGCGGACAAAAGAGGGAGGUGCGUGGCGCACGCGCGUCGCGCAGAAAUUCUACGAUGAUAAUGAGUGCUCAUUAACGACGACGGACGAAGGCUUCUGCUUCGCCGCGCCGGCGGGCGUCCUCGAGGCGUCCCCGUCGAGUCUCACCACAAAUUUUGAUCUGGGGAGCGUGCAAGCAUCAAUAUCGACGGGACCAGAGGCCCCCUGGAAUCCUGAGGGCUGGCUCGGGUCGAGGUGGACGCGCUGGCUCCUGCCCUGCCGCUAUGCGGUACGAUCGACGAACUCAAGGGGGACCUGGAACAACCGUGAAGCUUACGUCCACGCCGAGGCGCAGUACGGCGCGCGGUUCCCCAAGAGUUGGCGCUGGGUCCAGGCCACGGAUACGAACGCGACGAUCGUGGCGACGGGCGGCGCGUUCGAAAUCGGGCCCCUGACCACAAACACGUGGCUCUGCCGCUAUCAAAUCGGAGAUAGAGUUUGGUCCUUCCGCACGACGGACCCGCGGACUUCUUGCGAAGAGGUCUCCGACGAGGGCGAGGCGUCCUUACAGUUGGUAUUAAGACGGAGUUUUGGAGGGGAGAAGCGGAGGCUGGAGUUGACCUGCACCGCUAAACCAACAACGUUCUCGGAGCCGCUCUACUGCCCGACGCGAGAAGGGUUCUCGCAUAGUCCCGGCUCGCGCGAGUCCUUUUCAAGUACUGUGCGUGUCAAAGCGGACGUGAAUGGUGAAGUGGUCGACGAGCGAAUCUUCGAGGGCGCGUGUCUAGAGUUUGGAGGGGCAUAAUUAUCCAAGGGGGUCCA